AUGGUGGACAAAGGAAAGAGUCCAUCGCAAGAUAUAGGAUAUGUUGACUUGGGAACGUCUGUACGCUCCGUGUACGACGCUACGCUUACUCCUCAAACUGAGCAUGGCCUCGCAUACCAGAAUUUACGCUACUCUAGACGUCCUAUUCCAUCAGCUCUAACGGCGAAAACAUCAUCAAUGAUUUCCAAGACAAUCUAUCUGUGCCAAGAAACGUCGGAGGAGCCCUUGUUCGUGGUAGAUGUACACACCGGAUACAGUGGCACCGGUCCAUUAGGAUUAUGUCCCGGUAUCAUACUAUACGAUGGAACAAGCAAGAAAAAAGACGCCCUCCUAGCGGCUGCGGGCUAUAUGAAUCGAUGGCACGUUUUGGCCCUCAGCGUGGAUAGCAGAAUCUUUCUACCUCCCGUAAUGCCGGAAAAGACAUCUACGUCCUUGACCAAGGAGACGAUGCGAGCCCAUCCCUGUGCGGAUGGCGGGCCUGCUUUCACCUUUUCGAUUGUUCUCGACCGUAGUGGAAGGCUGUCACGAGAAACGUUCCAGUGGAGAAAGUGUGAAGACCUCAAAGGUCGGGAACUCGGCAAAGGCGGAUUUAAGCUUCUGUGGAUUGCCGCCGAAUCUGAAGCCGGGCUUGGUUCAAACGGAGGGGGAGGUGCUGAUCUACAGCCACAUGGGCAUGCUAGUGGUCAGGUCGUCGCUUCGUUUUCCAGGUUGACGACUCUGACUGCUGCUAUAUCGCUGCGCUUCGAAGGAGACGGCUUGUCGGGAGUACUCGGAGACCGUUGCAGGAUUGCAGUGGUAAUAACCGCGCUUCGACUAAGAAUAUUGCAGAUGAACGGCGGUACUAACAAGCUAUUAAUCGAGAUUGGGAAUAAGAUAUAUGGAAAACAAAGGCAUUUGCCGAUUAAUGGCCUUUAA